AUGACUAACAACUUACUGAAGUCUGACAAAUCUAGUAAACAGGGGCCCUACGACUAUGACAAAUAUGAAUCGCGGGAUAGCCAUUACUACGACCGUUCGCAUCAGAACGCCAAUCAAAAAUUUAAACACAAAUUUGCGGAGUAUGAAUACAAUUCAGAUUUGAAAAAUUAUGUCACAAAGCAGACUAUGCUCCACACACGAAUGAGCUCUGCUGAAACGGACGUUCCUUCCAAUUAUCAGAGAAAGACCGCCUUAGGCCGCAAAUCAAGCUCGAUUGAUAAUUUUUACAAUGGACAAGAUAAUCAAAACCGUCGUUUUACGGCGAAUAAGUCUCAGAUGGGAGUACCCAAUGAGUCCACAGGAUUCCAGGCAGAAACUAAGUUUAAGCCCAUCAAAUCAACCCACUUAAAGAAGGAAAAGAGUUCGAAUAAACCCACGGUACAGAACGGGAUAAAUUGGGAGCUCGGCGAAAGAUACAAAUUCAUUGAUAUGGUGGGCUCGGGUUCAUACGGCAACGUGUGUAGGGCCUACGACUCCCAGGAGAACAAGUUCGUCGCCAUCAAGAGGAUCCACAAGGUCUUCGACGACCUUAUAGAUUGCAAGAGGAUUUUGCGCGAGAUUGCAAUUCUCAACAGGCUUGACCACCCGAAUGUUGUAAAGAUUCUCGACAUUCUCGUGCCGCCUAACCUGGAGACCUUCGACGUGCUCUACGUAGUUCUGGAGAUCGCCGCCUCAGACAUAAAGCAGCUCGUCAGGUCGCCCGCAUUCCUCAAUGACAACCACAUAAGACUGCUUCUUUUCAAUCUACUUUCGGGAGUCCAUUACCUUCACUCGGUCGGCAUCUUUCACAGGGACCUGAAGCCUGCGAACUGCCUCAUAAACCGCGAUUGCAGUGUUAAGAUCUGCGACUUCGGACUUGCGAGGACAGUCACUUACUUCGAAGAGUACGUGAACUUGACUCCCACAAGGAUCGACUCCGUUUCAGGCAGGCAGAGCCUCCCCGGCUCUGGCAGGCUCGAGAGCCACUCCACCCACUUGAGCAACUUUUCGACUUCGAGGUCGCUGCCCGACUCACUGCACAACCAUUCGGACCUCGCCGCAACCUACAAGGACUCUUACAGGGGAAGCUACGACGCUCACAAGUGCAAGCUGACUUACUGCGACAAAUCGAGGACCGGCCGCUCUGAGCACCCCGAUGGCAGCUCCAACUUCCGACAGUUGACUGGCCACGUGGUGACUAGGUGGUACCGAGCUCCCGAGCUGAUUCUACUUCAAAACGACUACUCGUUCGCCGUCGAUAUGUGGUCGGUGGGCUGCAUUUUCGCCGAGCUGCUGAACAUGCUGAAGGUGAACGUGGGCGAGCCUUCCGACAGGUCGCCCCUCUUCCCCGGGAGCUGCUGCUUUCCCCUUUCUCCAGACAACAAGAACUCGAGCUCUAAGAAUCCUCGCGACAACGAUCAGCUCAACCUGAUUUUCAACGUGCUGGGCACUCCUUCCGAUGAGGACAUUAACUGGAUCGACAAGCCCGAUGUGCAGAAGUAUGUGCGAAUUUUCGCCACGCGUACUUUUCAGGACUUGAGGACCCGGUACAAGGGCUCUUCUCUCGAGUCUCUGGACCUUCUCAAGAAGUUGCUGACCUUCAACCCUGGUAAACGCAUCUCAGUUUCAGAUGCUCUUAACCAUCCCUAUUUUAAGUCAAUAAACAGGCCGCGUCACAACUUCGCUCACGUUCCCAAGAUAGUCUUACCUUUCAACGACUGGGAAAACAUGUCUGAAAGUCAACUGAGGUACGCGUUUUUACGUGAGAUUCAGCACUAUCACAAGGACUUAAAGAUUCCUGUUAAGAUUAUCUAUCGCUCAUGA